UCGUGUUUCAGACUCGUGUUUCAGACUCGUAGACACAGGUAAACUGUCGCUGUGUUUACAUGUAAAACUUUGUGUUGUAGAUCUGUGUGCGAUAGACCAGCCGCUCUGUCAGGAUGAAAACUCUCUGCUGAGCUUUGAGGCGAUCUGCAGCAUCCACAAACUGAUGGACGACGACGCCGACGGCACGGUGGACACGACCGAGACGGACGAGUUUCUCAGGGAGGAUCUGAAGUAUCACGACCCCAAAGACAAACACAGGAGCUUCCACCGAGCCGACCUGCACAUCAGCGUGGCGGACAUGUGGAACGCCUGGAAGAGCUCUGAAGUGUAUAACUGGACGGUGCAGCAGGUGGAGGACUGGCUGCUCGUCAGCGUGGAGCUUCCUCAGUACUCAGAGGCGUUCAGGAAACAGAAGCUGGACGGCCGAGCCUUACCCAGGCUGGCGGUGAAGAACACCACCCUGACGGUGUUGGUGUUGAAGAUCUUGGACCGGAGUCACUCUCAGAAGCUGCAGCUCAAAGCUCUGGACAUCAUCCUGUUCGGACCACCACCAGAUCAUCAGAACUGGUGGAAGGACCUGGUCCUGGCUCUGUCCGUCCUCAUGGCUCUGACCGGCUGCUGGUUCGCCUUCGUCCAGACCAGGAAGUCCAGAGACGACCUGAGCCGCCUGAUGAAGGACCUGGAGGGUCUGCAGAGGGCGGAGCAGAGCCUGCUGGACCUGCAGGACAAGCUGCAGCGGGCUCAGGAGGAGCAGCGCUGCGUUCAGGUGGAGAAGGUGAAGGUGGAGGAGGAGCUGAGGAACGAGAUCAGCUCGGCCAAACAGGAAGCUCAGCGGCUCCGGGAGCUCAGGGAGGGAACAGAGAACGAGAGGAGCCGACAGAAAUACGCCGAGGAGGAGCUGGAACAGGUCCGUAUGGCGUUGAAGAAGGCGGAGAGGGAGCUGGAGUCGCGGGCUCACUGGGCGCCGCCGGAGGCUCUGCAGAAAUGGCUGCAGCUGACGCACGAGAUCGAAGUCCAGUACUACAACAUCAAGAAACAGAGCGCAGAGAGGCAGCUGCUGCAGGCCAGGGAGGGGGGUGAGGACAACAACAACAACACACAUUCACACUAA